AUGGGAAGGGAGAGGUGCCAAGGAGAGGAGGGACCUGGACUAGAGGAUCCAAAGAGAAGGAACAAGCAGGAUUUUGAGAUACCCCAGUCAGGCAACAUCCAGACUCCACCGAAGACUUCUCAGCAUCAUUCAGGAUGUCUGAGUCAGGAAACCUCAUCGGGGCUGCUGGGCCGGGCCCUCCCACGGGUGGGGCGGCCCAUGUCGAGUGGCGCCCACGGAGAGGAGGGUUUAGCUCGCAUGUGGAAGGCCCUCACCUACUUCGUGGCGCUGCCCGGGGUGGGAGUGAGCAUGCUCAACGUCUUCCUGAAGUCGUGGCAGGGAGAGCACGAGAGACCCGAGUUCGUCGCCUACCCCCAUCUCCGCAUCAGGACCAAGCCCUUCCCCUGGGGAGAUGGUAACCAUACCCUCUUCCACAACCCUCAUGUGAACCCGCUUCCGACUGGCUAUGAGGAUGAGUAAAGAGGACCUGGACCUCCCCCAGGCAGCAAGGGACCACAGCACUGGUUUGGACCGUUACUCUUUGUGGACCAUGAAAGCGCAUGGGGCGCUAAGCUCAUCUUUCCUUGUAUCCAGCAGUGACCAUUACACUGAUCUUCCAUCCCUUUGCUAUGAGAGGGGAUGGCCUAAAUAAAUAACUCAAAGU